UAUGUCUUUGACAGCAGUACCCUGUCUGUGACAGGUUAAGAGAUGUUUCAGGAAUUCAACUCAUGAACUGAAAUAGAUUUUGAAAAUCCUUCUUAAUUAUGGGAAAGACUUAUGGCUUAUGGCAGGGAGAGAAAGCCACAAAAGGUCAUUUCUAGAGAAACUUCAUAGAGAGCUUAUGUCCAAGAAAGUUUAGUGGACGCAAAACCUGUGGUAGAAAGGAGACUGGAAUGACUGGCAGCAGUCUAAGAUCUUCUCCUCUUGGGAAUAAUCUUCCUCUCCGAUAUAGCUGAAACUUUAAACUCCUCCCAGGUUGAUGACAGCAGCGGUUGCUUCUUUAUGGCUAUUGCUGAUAUGACACUGCAUUGACACACACCUUUUGCUUCAGGGCUGCAAUAUGAUUAAACUUCUGCUUUUAAAGAGGAGCUCUGAUUAAUUAUUGCAUGCGAUCAGCAGCAUCUUGUUGCUAUUUUCUCUCUUUAAUAACAUGGAAGCAGCAAUGACGUACUUAGUUUUAGACUUUGGUUUUACUUUUCUUAAAUAGUAGAAAAUAAUGAGUGUUUGGAAUGUGUUGUUAAUGAUCAGAUCAUUUCUGUUGGGAGCUGGAGGAGGGUGUGGUUUCUUUUCCUCAUGGCCGUGGAGCAGGAAGCCACGUAGGAUGAGCUGCAGUAACAUUCAGUUUGCUUACAGAGUAAAAACGCCUCCAUUCUCCCUCAGAUCUGUUUGUCCAGCAGAUUUGCAGCCACAGUCUGGUGGCUCCAAAUGAGGGGGGGCAUUCAGCGAGUUAGUGGGGAGGGGUCGGCCCACAGUGUGCGCUGAUCAUAGCAGAAAACCUCCUGGAUGCUUCACUCUGGUUUUUGUUGCCCGCUUGCAGGGAAGGAGGCGGUGAAGCGGCCCAGAAGCUUCAGGGUUUUUUCCCUGCAUCCUGGAAGCUGCAGAGAAAAAACGCAGCAGGUGUGAAUGACGAUGCUGCACAGAGGAAUCCUGAAGUGGGCCCCUUUGCUUGCACUGGUGCUGUGUGUUUCAGCAGGAGGAGACUUUGACUGGACAAAGAACGAGAAAACCUCUUUCUACUACGGCACCUUCCCCACUGAAUUCUCUUGGGGAGUCGGCAGCUCUGCCUAUCAGACCGAAGGAGCUUGGAACAUCGAUGGAAAAGGAAUGAGCAUCUGGGAUGUUUUUGCCCAUAAAAAGGGGAAAAUCUCCACCAAUGAGACAGGAGACUCAUCAUGUGAAGGCUACCGCAAGUUCAAGGAUGAUAUAAACUUGAUGAAGGAGAUGAAGCUGAAUCAUUAUCGAUUCUCUGUUUCCUGGCCGAGGAUUCUACCCAGUGGAAUAAGAAGUGAGCACAUUAAUGAGAAAGGAAUUAGAUAUUAUAACGACCUGAUCGACAUGCUGCUGGAUAAUAAGAUCACACCUGUGGUCACUCUGUAUCACUGGGAUUUACCUCAGGUGCUGCAGGAGAAAUAUGGCGGCUGGCAGAACGGGAGCAUGGUCGGUUACUUUAACGACUUCGCCAAUCUGUGUUUCGAAAGGUUUGGAAACCGCGUGAAGCACUGGAUCACCUUCAACAACCCCUGGUCAAUUUCUGUAGAAGGAUACGAAACGGGAGAGCAUGCUCCAGGAAUGAAGCUAAGGGGAAGUGGGGCUUACAAAGCAGCCCAUAACAUCAUCAAGGCCCACGCUAAGGUCUGGCACACGUAUGACAUGAAGUGGAGAAGCAAACAAAAAGGUCUGAUUGGGAUCUCCCUGACUGCUGACUGGGGAGAACCAGUGGACGUGUCCAACCAAAGGGACAUUGAAGCUGCAGAAAGGUACAUUCACUUCUACCUGGGCUGGUUCGCCACACCGCUCUUCCAUGGAGACUACCCACAAGUCAUGAAGGAAUACAUUGGCAGAAAAAGUGGUCAACAAGGUCUGGGAGCGUCGCGGCUGCCUGUUUUCUCACCUCAGGAGAAGAGUUACAUCCGAGGAACUGUGGACUUUCUGGGCCUUGGACAUUACACCACCCGCUACAUCACCCAGAAGAACUACCCGUCGAGCUUUGGGGACAGUUAUUUUGCAGAUCGAGACCUUGCAGAGCUGGUGGACCCACAGUGGCCUGACCCUGGUUCUGAGUGGCUCUACUCGGUUCCCUGGGGGUUCCGCCGCACGUUAAACUUUAUAAAGAGCCAGUAUGGAAACCCGAUGAUCUACGUGACGGAGAACGGUGUCUCGGAGAAAAUGCUCUGUACCAACCUGUGUGAUGAGUGGAGGAUGCAGUACUUCAGAGAAUACAUCAACGAAAUGCUGAAAGCCGUAAAGGACGGUGUGAACGUGAAGGGAUACACCGCCUGGUCUCUCCUGGACAGCUUUGAGUGGGAUGAAGGCUUCUCAGAACGGUUCGGCCUCUACUUUGUGGACUUCAGGAACAAAAACAAACCACGUUACCCAAAGGCUUCAGUCCAGUUCUAUAAGCGCCUCGUCAGCUCCAACGGCUUUCCCAACCAGAGAGAGGUGGAGAGCUGGAAGAGGAAAGCUGUGGAGACCUGCUCCUCCAGUAACCAGCUGCUGGCUGCAGAUCCACUGAUCGGCCACAUGGAGAUGGUGACAGAGAUCGUUGUUCCCACUGUGUGCACACUCUGCAUCCUCUUCAGUGCGGUUUUCUUUAUGUUUCUGCUGCGGCGGCGCCUCUGAGAGACCAACCCUCACCGCGUCUGAUGCCACGGCAGCAGAGCUUAGAUGCCCUGAAGCUGAAGGAACCAAUCAGAGCAGCUUCGUUCCUCCUGUUUUGGCUUUAAAUGUCCUGCUGUUCUCUUACCUUUGGAUUGUUAAUAAACCUUCAAAACCAG